UGCUCACUUCAGAGCAGGCUCGAUCACUAUGGUGAUUAUCUGCAGGGUCUGAACAUCAGGGCAAUCUGGAUGGAUUGAACAGAGCCACGGAAAUAAGUUUCCAAUGGUUGUGAAUGCAUCCGACUGGUUGGUCCCGACUGUGGGCACAGAGCAGGACCCCUGCAGUAACUACACUGAAGCUUGGCUGUGGCUGUCCUCCCUGCAGCCAGUCUACCUCGGUUUGAUCAGUGUCAUGGGGUUGGUGGGGAAUGGCCUGGUUCUCUGUGUGUUUUGCCUGCAGAGGAAGCCCUGCACAGUGGCCGAUAUCUACCUGGGGAACCUGGCGGCUGCUGACCUGGUCAUGAUAUCCUGCCUUCCCUUCUGGGCUGUCACCAUCUCUCAAGGCUACCAGUGGGACUUUGGAGAGGCCCUUUGUAAGCUAGUCAAUGUGGCCAUCUCGAUGAACUACAUCUGCAGUGUUUUAUUCCUCACACUGGUCAGUGUGGACCGAUACCUGGCUCUGGUGAAGCCCAUGAGCCCCAGCCGUCUGAGGAGAGCAGCCUGGGCCAAGCGUAUCUGCUUGGGCAUCUGGAGCCUGGGCUUCCUCUUAAGUCUGCCUGUCCUGCUCUUCCGCACAAUGACAUACGUAGAGGAUCCUGGGGUUGAUGCCUGCAUUCUGGUCUACCCCCAUCCAGCAUGGAGGUUGCACCACAACAUCACCAGGAAUGUGUUGGGAUUUCUUAUCCCAGUUCUGGUAAUUGUUUACUGUACCCGUCACAUUGUGGCUGCACUGAACAACCGCGAAGCCAACGGACUCCCUGGGCUCAGGGCAGAGAGGAAGGCCACCUACUUGGUCCUGACUGUGCUGGCUGUCUUCCUCUUCUGCUGGACACCACACCAAGUGAUGCGGUUUCUUGACACUUUGGAUUACUUCCAGCUCACACCCGGAUGCCUCUGGGGUCAUGUCCUGGACAUCUGCAUCCAGCUGUCCACAUAUCUGGCAUACAGCAACAGUGCUGUUAACCCCUUCCUGUUUGUCAUCGUGGGGAAGCAUUUCAGGAGAAAGUCAAAGGAGAUGUUUGGAAAAACUCUGAACCCCUGGUUUAAAGAGUUGAGCUUCAUUUCAAUGAAUACACUAAAUCAAACACAGCGUAUAAGUAUUGAAAAACUUGACAACUCCUGACAGUAACAACAACAAAAUCAAACAAGUGGCGGUAGGAACAUCUUUAGUGGUUACACAGAAAACUGUGAUUACUGUAAAACAUGAAUUCAUAGGAAAGUGAAAUUGUUUACAAAAAGGUGCACAUCCAGCAGACCCGGAAAGACUUAAGCGCUCGUUUGGAGACUUGUUUGCAUCCACCUGGUGAAUGCUAUCAUGUGCAUUACUAUUUUGUCUGUCUCUUUUUGUUGAUGCAGUUCCUCUCCCUGGAACAGUAAUGCAGAGCUCCAGAGCAGUUAUUGUGAUCAUAAUGGAAAGGUUUUAUACAAUAAAUAUAUUAUAAUAUAUAAAAUAAGUGCUGAUUGAUGUCACUUUAACUGAAGUGUGUGGUGGCCCAACAAAUAGGCAUUGAUCUGAUGUUUUUCAGAAGAUAAUGUUGAUUUCUAUCAAUGGAGGUUUUUAUUGUAAUGUAAAUAGUGAAAAUAUUGACUACAGUCCCCUUGUGUCUCUGUGCCUGUCGUCUUUUCCAUUUCCUUGUCUUGUCGCCUUUGUCAUUAUUUUGUUUUUGUGAUAUAUAUUAUAUAUAUUUAUCAUUAUUUUAAGAUUUCAUUUCCAGUGCACAAUACUGAAGGUUCAUGUUGCAAUUGAAACUAAAUAACUUCUGACAAGAGCUGAUGAUGAAUCUCAUUGUGAUCUAUGACAAUGUCUAUUGUC